AUGGCGGUCAAGACCGAUAUGAGUAAGGCCUAUGACCGGAUUGAAUGGGAUUUUCUUCGCGAGGUGUUGACAAGAUUUGGAUUUCACAGUAUGUGGGUCUCUUGGAUUAUGGAGUGUGUCUCCUCCGUUUCUUACACGUUCCUGAUCAACGGAGCACCUCAAGGAGGCGUGUUACCAUCUUGUGGGUUACGGCAAGGAGACCCGUUGUCCCCGUACCUCUUUAUCCUUUGCACGGAAGUCUUAUCGGGCCUAUGUAACCAGGCUCAAGACCGGGGUACUUUAGCGGGGAUCAAGGUGGCUCGCGGAUAUCCGGCGAUAAACCAUCUCUUAUUCGCAGAUGAUACGAUGUUUUUCUGUAGAUCGGACAGAGAUAGUUGUACUGAACUGAUGUCCAUCCUUAACCGUUAUGAAGCUGCCUCCGGGCAAUGUAUUAACCGGACCAAGUCUGCAAUUACUUUCUCCUUUAAAACGCUCCCGGCCACCAAAGAUAAUGUGAAGAAUGCCCUUGGGAUUGCGAAUGAAGGUGGCAUUGGAAAGUACCUUGGCUUAUCGGACGACUUUGGUAGGAAGAAACGGGAUAUCUUCUCAAUGAUAGUUGACCGGAUCCGCCAAAGGGCCCAUAGCUGGAGCUCCAAACUUCUCUCGGGGGCUGGAAAAUUGGUCUUGCUAAAGUACGUCCUAGUUAUGAUACCGUCGUAUGCGAUGUCCUGCUUUAAUCUUCCACAGUCCCUCUGUAAGCAGAUACAAUCAGUCUUGACUUGGUUUUGGUGGGACCUAAAACCGGAGAUAAGGCGACUUUGUUGGGUAUCAUGGGAGAAGCUCACGAUGCCGAAGAAUGCUGGUGGACUAGGCUUUUGCGAUAUUGAACACUUCAAUGAUGCUCUCCUAGCAAAACUCGCUUGGCGCUUACUCAAGCAUCCUGAUUCGCUACUUGGCCAGAUCCUAUUAGGAAAGUAUUGCCGACAGAACGAUCUCCUCUCAUGCUCUUCCUCGGGAGCCAUGUCACACGGUUGGAGAGGAAUUCUAGCUGGCCGAGAAGUAAUUAAGAGGGGAUUAGGCUGGGCAGUGGGCACAGGAAAGGACAUCAAUGUGUGGAAUGAAAAUUGGCUCUCAACGGGUGAAGUAUCACGUCCCAUUGGACCUCCAAAUUUCCAAGAUCAAGAUCUGACGGUGCAAGACCUCAUUCUUCCCUCAACGGGAGAGUGGAAUGUUAGCGCCAUAAGAGCCCACCUACCUCAGUAUGAGGAUACAAUCCGACUGUUACAGCCUAGUGCCUUUGAGAUGCAAGACACCUUGGUGUGGCUGCCUGAGAAGUCGGGAUCAUAUACCACAAAGUCGGGUUAUGCGCUGGCAAAACAACAUGGUACUUGUCAAGAAACAGAAGAGGCUCUACACCACUUUAACUGGAAAACGUGUGUCUGGAGCAUAGCAACAUCUCCUAAGCUAAAGCUCUUUAUGUGGAAACUAUCACACAAAGCCUUAUCGGUGGGUGACGCUCUGGUACGAAGAGGCAUUAAUGUCAAUGGGGAGUGUAAGCGGUGUGGAGGAAGAGAAAGUGAAAUCCAUGUGUUCUUUCAUUGCCCUUUUGCUGCAAAAGUGUGGGAUCUCUUGCCCGCUCUUCAAAAGUCCCUCAGUUCCACUGCAACAAUCCCACAACUUCUUGAAAGCAGCAAGCAUGGUGCUUGGGAUGCAAGCUCGAAGAAGUGCGGGAUGGGGUGGACUUUCAAAGACAAGGCGGGAUUGCUUCUGGCGCAAGGUUCUGAUGCAAGGGGCUAUGUCAAAUCCGUCCUAAUGGCAGAAGCUCUAGCACUGAAGACUGCGAUCUCGGCUGCAAUCCAUUUAGGCUUCCUCAACCUGAGGUGUCUUUCAGACUCUAGUAGUCUCAUUUCUCUGCUCACUACAGAUUCCUCUGUCACUGAGCUCCAAGGGAUCCUCCACGACAUCCGCGUGUUGAGUAGUUCCCUUUUAUCUAUUUCUUUUGCUUUUACGCCUCGAGCUUCAAACGUAUGUGCGGACGGUUUAGCCAAAUCAGCCCUACGUUUGUUUGUAAACUCUCCUCCUCUAAUUGAGUAA